GUUUCUGUGAGAGGGAGCACAGUGACAGGACUUUGGGCGUUAGGGAGAAUCCUUCAAUCUGAAACCCGAACAAGAGGAAAAGUCUGCAACCUUUUGAUCAGGGGAGCAAACCUCUGGUGCUCUUUGAAGCUGAGUAGAUGCACGAUAGUACAAAGAACUGUGACUAACACAGUCCCUCACCAUGGCGAGCGACCACAGUUCAUCCGACUUCAUACGAAAACGUCGCAAAAACUUCAGGGCCGUUCUGGGGGAAGCACCAGACACUGUGCUGGAUGAGCUGGAUUCCUUGCUGCUCAUCACCAGAGAGGAAUACGACAAGAUCGAAGGGAUGCCGAACCCCAGCGACAAAGCCAGAGAGCUCAUAAACACCAUGCUCCGCAAAGGAGAAAGGGCGUGCCAGCAGUUCCUCACAGCCCUGCACAAAUUACAGGAAACACUGCCGAGGCUGGUGGAGGUAUUAGCUGAGGGCUGUCCCAGUACAAGCGAUGAUUCUUCUUCCGAACACCCAGAAGGGAAACGGGGACUUGAGGAGUUCAGCCAGAACCAGGAACAGGAACAGGAGCAGCAGCAGGUCCUGAACAUAACCCCCUCUAGUCCUCUCGCCGUAGAAGCUGACUCUUCCUACAAAGAACCAGAAGCGGAAACUGGCACUGAAGAGUUCAGCCCCAACCAAGGACCGGAGCAGCCGAAGGAAGAGUGCCUUGAGCCUGAACUGCCCGCCCUACUCAGCAAAGAAGAAAAAGGAAGAAAUCUCCAAGAAAUGCUUCAGAACCUGGGUCUCCAGGACUUGUACACGCAUGAUUCUUCUUCCGAACACCCAGAAGGGAAACGGGGACUUGAGGAGUUCAGCCAGAACCAGGAACAGGAGCAGCAGCAGGUCCUGAACAUAACCCCCUCUAGUCCUCUCGCCGUAGAAGUUUGUGGUAUUUUCUCCAAAGCCGACUCUUCCUACAAAGAAACAGAAGCGGAAACUGGCACUGAAGAGUUCAGCCCCAACCAAGGACCGGAGCUGCCGAAGGAAGAGUGCCUUGAGCCUGAACUGCCCGCCCUACUCAGCAAAGAAGAAAAAGGAAGAAAUCUCCAAGAAAUGCUUCAGAACCUUGGUCUCCAGGACUUGUACACGCGUAAGCUAUCCCUGAGUGAGGUUCUGGAGAUUGGGCCCCAAACACUGGUCUGCACAAAGCCUCAAUCCUUGCUCUGUGUUGCUGAGUACUUUCUAAAAAAGCUGAUGAUUCUCAGUUUGACAGCCAGAAAUGUUAAGUGUACGGGAAGGGUUGGGAGAGGGGUAGGAAAUGCUGAACAAACCGACUUUUCUGACAUCUUUGACCUGCAGGAGCAGGCGGAUGAUACUUGGUGCAAUCCGUUAGAUGUCAUCACUGCUGUUUUUCUCUGUGCCGAUAGCUUCCUGCAGCAGGAGAUGAUGUUUAAGAUGUCCAUGUGCCAGUUUGCUUUGCCCCUUUUGCUCCCAGACUGCAGCAGGGAAGGCUCCACACUGCUUCUGUGGGCCAUGCGAUCCAUCGUUAAGAAGUGGAGACCUCAAUCACUGGAAGCCAGCAAAGGCUUCAAAGAGGAAACCAUGGCAACCAUGAACUUGCCCGUGAUUUCGUUCAUUCGCCUGGGCAAUAAUUCCACAUCAAAGUCAAAGGUUUUAAACGAGGUGCUGAGCAACCCGCAUCAAAACUUAUUGAUCCCAUUAAAUAAAUAA